AUGGCGCUCACAUCUCUACUUGGCCGCCGUUCGCGCGGCUGCAUCCCCGACCUCAAGCCUCCGCCGGCGCACUCAACGGCGCCGCUGGGGGGGAGUGACGAGACGACUGAAUCGAUAGAAGAGGAAGACUUCCGCAAGGCCUUCCUCCAUCUUUUCAUCAUGAUCCACUGCGCGGGGUCGAGCGUGUUGGCACUGCUCCAGAUCGCCUUCGAAGACUACUCCUUCGCCUCCGCAGCUUCGCUCAUUCUCAGCAUGGCCACCGCCGCGCUGCUCUUCAUCUGCCUCUACCACCCGCUCACCUUUUCAUCUACUUCUACAUCAUCAUCUUCUUCAUCUUCUUCUUCAUCAACUUCCAGCACGGGUGGCGUGGACUUGCGUGUGGGCCUCUAUGCCUACUGCGGCCUGCUCGACGUGGUGAUGAGCGGCGUCGUGCUCACCGACCCCCAGGAGCGCGACGUCUACAUGUGGUUCCUCGCCAUCCCCUUUCUCUUCCUCCACGCCCGCGGCGUGAGGUCGUGCGUGGUGGCGCUCGUCGCCGUCUGCGUGCAGACCACAGUCCUUCGCUAUCUUCGGCGACACUACGACUGGUCUACGACUGGACAUGCACCACCCACGUUGCGAGAGACCAUCAUCGGGGAAACGUACUGCGAUUGUUUCUUGUGGAUACUGCUCACGACGCUCACGGCUUGCCAUCACCAUGCUCGAGUGCAAGCGACCAAUCGCCUGCGCGCCGCGAUCAAGGAAAAGGAGGCCAUCAACUGCGAACUGCGGCGGGCCAUGCAGGCCAAGUCCGAGUUCCUGGCCAACAUGUCUCACGAGCUGCGCACGCCAAUGCACGGCAUCGUCGCAAUGAGUCGCGAGCUCCAGGACACGACUGAACCCUGCUCGAAAGUGCACGACGCGGUCGACGUCAUAUCAACCUGCGCGGAGCAUUUGCUGUCGCUCGUGAGCGACAUUCUCGACUUUGAGCGCGUCGAGUCCAACAAGCUGCAGCUCGAAAACAUACCCUUCUCGGUGGCCACCGAGGCCCAAAAGGCCGUACGCCUGCUCCAGCUCACCGCCGACAAGAAGGGCAUCAGCCUCACAUUGCAGAACGAGGUGGCCCACCCGUGGCGCCGAGGCGACCCACUCCGGUUCCGGCAGGUGCUGGGCCACAUCCUGUCCAACGCCGUCAAGUUCACACCCAGCAAGGGCUCUGUGUCUGUGCGCCUACGCAACGACGAAAACAACCCCGUGACGGGGGUGAUCGCGUCCGUGACCGACACCGGCACCGGCAUUACGCCAGACAACCUGCAGCAACUCUUCACUCUGGACUCGUCGAUCGGCCGCAAGUACGGCGGCUCGGGUCUCGGGCUGGCCCUCAGUGGACGGCUGUGUCGUGCCAUGGGCGGCUCGAUCGAGUGCGAAAGCCAGCUCGGACAUGGCUCCACGUUCACGUGCCGGUUUGCUCUGCCGGUUGUGCCGCAGGAAGACCGCAGGAGCGCAGGCGCCACCGUGACAGCGGGUGCACUGCCCCGGCCGGCUGAUGGAGCACAGCUGAGUGCGGGCUUUGACCACCUCCAUGUGCUGUUGGUGGAAGACAACGCCAUCAACCAGAAGGUGGGCCUGCGCAUGCUCACGCAACUCGGCUGCAAAACAAGGGUGGCGUCGAACGGGGAGGAUUGCCUGAAGCUGAUGACGCAGAGCUCAGACCGCGAGAGCCCCUUCGACAUUGUUCUCAUGGACUGUCAGAUGCCCGUCAUGGACGGGUUCGAGGCCACCCGGCGCCUCCGAAGCAUGGGGGCGCAGCGGCACGGCAGGCCGCUCACCAUAGUGGCCCUGACCGCUUCCGCGACCAAGGAGUACGCGCAGCGGUGUCUCGAAGUGGGCAUGUCCGAUGUGCUGUUCAAGCCGCUGCAGCGUGAGGACCUUGUGGCCACCCUCCGCAAGUGGACAGCCACCCAACACCACCAGCUCGCCGAGACCAAACCUACUUCGACGUAG